GCCUCCGCUCCGACAAUCAACUCCUACCGCUUGCACUCCUCUUCCAACAAUAAGCUCACGUCCUGAUCCAGACUUUUACCCGGAAAUUUCCCCCCAACCAUUCCAACAAGCAGCGAGUUAGAGAGCCCAAAAGGCGGAGAUGGCGGAUAUCGCCUUGGAGGUCAUUCGCCUGGCCGUGAUGGCCCUGAACGGCUUCAGCAUGCUCCAAUCGCGUCUCAAGUCGUUCUGAAAGGCCGACCGAAUGGUUCGCCGCUGGGAUCGGGAACUGCGAGGGCAAGCUCGCACGCGCAGGGAGGCGUGCAUGGCUAUCCUCGGGCACGCCAUCGCAGACCCGUCCAAAAUCACCGACAUGUUCAAAGACGCCAAGCACGCGGGGUGGAACGACCCCGAGCUGGGACCUGCUCUCGCGGCGGUUCUUGGGGACCGCUGCGACGACUGGGUCGAGACUAUCAGCGACGUUAUCGAAGCCAUCAAGGACCUCGGUUCGGUGCUUGACACGUUCUCGGCCCUCUUACUCCCUCCCGAGCAGGUUCAGCAUCAGGGACAAGUCCGCAAGUUUGCCCACCGGGUGAAGGCCUCGUUCAAAGAGGACGACGUCCGGAAAUCUCUCAAAGAGCUAGGAAAGUUGAACCGUCAGCUUGGACAGCUGCAGACAGGCCUCACGUCGUCGAUUCCGGCGGCGCACCAUCACUCACAGAACUCGGCUCAGGAUGUUUCGCCCUCCCGGCAUGGUCUGCCACAGGACCUGUGUGACAGCAUUAAGGGGAACCACUCCAGGCAUUCCCUGAAGCUUUUUGUCCGGGCUACCCCCGAGUCGAUCGCCACUGGUGACUGCGUCACCAUGAAACUGGGAUAUGCAUACGAACCCGCCCACUGCUCUCAGGAACUCCGACUGUUGGAGUUCCAGAUCAGAUCUAGCCCUUCGCCAAUCAUAGCUUCAAUGCCGACGCCCGUGCCAGAUUCGAGCGGGUUGUUUCCCGGAAGUUGCCCGGGCUCAGCAUCAACUCCAUUCAAAAAGAGACGCAAGGUUUCGCGGUGGGCCGACGAGGAGGCCAGACCUGCCCAUCAGGCUCCAUCGACGCCGGCUAUUCGAACAGAAAACUCGGAGGAGAUCGAUUUGCGCCAGUCUCUGGACCUAUGCGAGUCAAUGACAGAGCCCAUCGUCAAGAUUGACGGCUAUCUGCAAAUCAGGGACCGGAUCCAGCUAGCCCAGUCACUUGUCCAGAUGGUGCUGACGCUUCAUUCAACCCCCUGGCUGGCCCGCCGGUGGACACUGCGGGAUCUCUCGUUUGUCCGCCGCGGCGACGACCUGGUCGCCUCCCUCGAAUCACUUCACAUUGACGCGCCGUUGCCGCUCAUGGGCCAGCAGCGCGCGCACCACAAACGUGCAAGGAGUAGCACCGCAGACAUCGUGAUGCAGCUCACCCCCGAUAGCAGCGGCUGUUCGUGGGCCGCUGACGAGACUCCCCGCAGUCGCUCCUCAAGAAAAGACUCGCUGUGGUCGCUUGGCCUGGCCUCGCUCCAGACCGAUUGUUGGUCCAACUUCGCCUGGGAAACGAACUGCAACGAGACAGACGACGACGACCGAGUAAUGCGACAGUACCUGAAAUCACGCCCCGGCAUCGGCGUGAGGUUCCGCGAGAUCACCGAGCAGUGCCUCGGCGGCUGCUUCCGGUGCGGGUCGGCGGACCUAAACAAUCCGCAUGUGGAAAGCGAGCUGUUAGACGUGCUCUCGGAGAUGGACGGCAUGAUCUCUUCGCUUCAGCAGUUGGAUCCUGCCACUCAGGGGCUGAUGUCACCGGGCCGGGAAAUUGCAGAUCAGGGCGCCAACUCACUCAUGUUGAUAGGUCAGGGAGCGUCCUUGUGCAGGUCUGAGAAGGUGGUCAUGAAGCAAGGCCACGGUUCGCGUGAACUACACACCUAUAUGAAGCAGCGGAGUGUCAUUGGACGGUACGGCCGGAUCCCGCGCUAG